AUGGGCUACAAUCAUCAUCUUCAUAAUGAAGGUGAAAUUGAAGUGGCAACUCUAGAAACAGCUGACUUUAAAGUACUGAAACACAAGGAUGCUUCUUACCUUCGCAGUGUCUCUAAUAAAAGCAAUGGUGCCAUUAGACGCAUUACCUUAGCAGCCUUGCAUGAGGGGGCGCCUUCGGAGUUGGCGGUUCAGACUGGGGAUCAGUUCCAUGUCUGGGGGCUGCUGGAUCAGUGUCAGCGCUGGUGCCUAUUGGAACUGCGGGAGGAUGGUGAGGAACCUUUAGGAGUCCCUGAAGAGGCACCAGCACCAUCUGACUUGGGAGUCUCUGAUGCACCACAAAUGAAUCCUCCUGUAGGUGAUUCCAGUGAGCCAGAGCUUCUGGAACCUAGAGAAGGUGCUGUCCAGCAGAAGAAGAAAAGUCCUCUAAAAGGAGCCAAUCCUGCAGCAUCUGUGAUCUCCUCAGAGGAAGAGGAGAGUGGUGAUACCUGCACUAUUAGCUUCAAAGAGUGGACUAAUGCAGGGGGGCACCGUCUCUCUGCCCUGCAGUGUGGGCAUCUCUUUGGCUACAGCUGCAUUGAGAAGUGGCUGAAGGGACAGGCAGGGAAAUGCCCUCAGUGUAAUAAAAAAGCCAAGUGGUCAGACAUUGUGGUCCUUUAUGCCUGCACUCUGAAAGCCUUGGACACUAGUGAACAGGAGCACAUGAAAAGCUCUCUAGAAAAGGAGCAAAUGCUACGAAGGAAAGCAGAGCUGGAAUCUGCUCAGAGCCGACUCCAGCUGCAUGUCUUAAUGGAAGAGUGUACCAAACUUCGGCAGCAAGUCCAGGAAUUGAAGACCUUGAUGGGUCAACAUCAAACCAGUUCCUCUCAGCAGCCCACCAACUCUCGCUCUGGCCUCCGAGGAUGCCCUUCCUCCAGUCAAGGCCAGCAUAAGUACCAUUUUGAGAAAGCCUUUGUGGUAUUCCAAGCUGGCAGCUGCAGGGUCAUGGCAUACUGUGAUGUGCUGAGCUGCCUGGUGAUGUCACAGCCCUCUUCUCAGAGCACCCUCAUUCCUGGUUAUGGGAUUAAGAUGAUGAGUGCUGUCAACUUGAACAGCAGCCAGUAUGUCCCCAUCCAGAAGGAGAUCCGAGGCCUGGCCUCCAGCAACCGUUCAGAUGGCUUGCUUGUAUCUGCUGCCCUGGACAACACCCUGAAGCGUACAAGCUUGACAACGAACACUGUUGUGCAGACUUACAAUGCAGGCUGGCCUGUCUGGAGCUGUUGCUGGUGCCUGGAUAAUACUAACUACAUCUACGCUGGACUUGUCAAUGGCUCUGUAUUGGUAUAUGACCUGCGGGUAUAG